CGACGACCACUCCAAUAGACCUCAAUAAACCUCACAAAUGCUUCAAGACGAGGAAAUCUAUGUUAAGCAGGAAGAUCAUCAUGGCAUUAGUUUUUCAGAAACACCGACAUAUAUGGACUUUAAACUUACAUCAGUUGCUAAGAGUAUUGAAGGAACUAAACAUCAUAUUUUGAAGUUCCAUUCUAGUAGAAUGAUUGAUCCUUUAACGGAAUUUACACCGCCAGUUCGUUUACAUAGAAAAGAUUUAAUGUCAACGACGGAAAACCAAGAAUCCAUGUCAGAAACAGGGUCGAAAAAUAAUAGCCAAGAAACAGGUAUACAAGGGGGAAAUCAAGGCGGAAGAACGGGUAUUAUGAGGAGAAAGACGAGGAAAGGAUAUAGGGUAAAUGGGGGGGAAUGGAGGGUUAAACAAGAAGAACGAGUUCCAUGGGUUUUGGAGGAUUUUGAUGGACGGAAUACAUGGAUUGGGACGAUGGAAGGAGGGCAAUCUCAUAACUAUGUAUUUUUUGUAUUUGCGGAAAAUGGGUUUAAAGUAGUACCGGCGAAUAAGUAUUAUAGGUUUAAUCAAAAAAGUCGAUAUCAGACGUUAUCUAUUGAUGAGGCAGAAGCAAAAAUGAACAAGCGUAUUAUUGUUCCUCGUUGGUUUAUGAAGAAAGAAAUCAAGGAAAAUAAUCAUGAAGAAUAUGCAUCAGGGCCAUUAUAUCGUUUAAAGACGGUAGCAUCACAAAGAAAAUCGGAAUUUAAUGGAGAUCGGGAUGGGUAUGAAGAAUUAGAUUUUAAUGAGGAGUUUGCAGAUGAUGAAGAAACGCCGUUUAUUGAAGGAAAUGAGGAGGAUAAUAGGGAGUUAGAGGAAAGAAUCAAGCGAGAAAUGAGGUCAGCGAAUUCAUUAGGAGAUGAAGAUAAAUAUAUGAGCGAAAAUGCAUAUGAUGAAAAGAGAAAAAUGGAUAAAGAAGGAAGAAAAAUGAGAAAAUAUUUAACUUAUCAUGAAAAAAAUCAUAUAUAUGAAACAGAUGAGGAGAAUAAUCCAUAUGUAUCAGAGGAGGAAACAGAUUCAGAUACAUCUAAUUUUCAAAGGGAAAAUCUAGUAAAACAGGAAAAAAUAAUUAAAGAUAAAAAGAAGCAGCAAUUACAAGAGAAUAUGAUACAAAGUGAAUUGAAUACUAACAAGAAUAUUUCAAUGGCGUCUAAAACAUUAUCUACAGAAGUAUCAAAUAGUUUAUCAAAUGAGUUCACAAAACAUUUAGCACUAUCCAGUGCUUUGAAAGCACAAAGUCAGAGCAGUUUUAAUUCUAUUAGCUCUACUAGACCAUAUCUUGUUACACUAAAAUUACCAAAACAACAUUUAAUUUCAUAUGAGAAUUCUUUCCAAUCAUCUAUAUCAACAUUAUCAUCUCCUAGGGAAGCUUCUCCGGAGCGUAAUAAGCGACGCAAACUAGACUCAGAUCCAAAUAAUCUGGAGGAUUCAGCAAACCUUAGUUCUAGUGAUUCUUCUAGAAAGAUAAAAAUUCGAACAAUAAAUAAUUUUCAAAAUCAUAAUUUAAAUUCACCGCUAAGUCCGGAUUCAGGAACUGAUACAUUUAAUACUUCAGAAUCUACAUCUAAUCAUUCUUAUUUAGUAACUGAAGAAGAAUUGAAAAAUGCUAUACAAUCUAAAAAAAUGAAUGCAAAGGAGCUUCUUAAAUCAUUUAAACCACAAUUAGGAAUGAAUCCAAAAAAUCGUGAUCUUAUACUUGAACUCGUAACACGAAUAGCAAAAAUGGAAAACGGAUAUCUUGUACUUAAAAACUAAAAACCCAAUUGCCAUGUAUAUAUACCAUUAAACUCACACUAUGAAA